AUGGGAUCAAACACAGUCGUUGGUGCAUUGUUUCAAGAAGGAACCCCUCAAGUACGACCGCCAUAUUUCAACGAAGAACACUUUUCUCAUUGGAAAGUGCGUAUGGAAACAUACACCCCUUCAUAUGACAUCAAAGUCUGGCGGGUGAUCAAAAAGCGAAAUCUUACAAUUCUAGCAAAGAAAGGUGAGAAUGGUCAAGUUAUAGUAUCAACUGAUCCACUGUAUUUGGCUGAUUACACGGAUGAGCAAGUUGUUGUCAUAACUGUGAAUGCUAAAGCAAAAAAUCUACUGUACAAUGCUAUCAGUCGUGAAGAGUAUGAAAAGAUCUCAAGCUGUGAAACUGCUAAGGAAAUAUGGGAUAAAUUGGAGGUCACAUAUGAAGGAACUAACAAGGUAAAAGAAACAAGGAUAAAUCUGUUGGUUCGUGAGUAUGAGCUAUUUCAAAUGAAGGAUGGAGAAUCAACAGAGGAAAUGUUCUCCAGGUUCAACAAAAUUCUUGGAGAUCUAAAAUCCUUUGGUAGAACAAUAAAGAGCGGGGAACAGGAAAAUUCAACAAGAAAAGAAAAAAACAGUCGAUUUCAAAGCAACUAUGCUGAACCAGAAGAUGAUGAAGAAGAGGAAGGAGGAGAACAAGAUGAAAACAUAACCAUGCUGUCCCAAGUUGUAACAAGCAUGAUGAGGAAGAACAGAAAUAGCAGAAGAGAAGAAAGCUCAACAGGAACCUUCAAAAGAAGAAGUCCUAUGAAGCCUGGAGUGAUGAAGAAGAAUCUGACCAUAAAGAAAUUGCAAGCAUGUGUUUCAUGGCCUAAAAAGAUGAUAGCAAUGAGGACUCAGGAGAGCUUGGACUCAUGGCAAAUGAAGGAGCAGAUGAGGGAGAAGACUCAGGUGAACUUGGCCUUAUGGCACACGAGGGAACCAGUAAGGUUCAAGGACAACAGGAGAUGGGUCUGGCGACCUAAAUCCUCUAGUCAAGCUAACACUCAGAAAUCUAACCAUUCAGGACCUAAGCAAGGCUUGGUCACCGAACUAGAUGGAGGAACAAUUAUCUUUGGAGAUAAAUCAAAAGGAAACGUAAUUGGAGUUGAAAAAGUUCCCCUAAGCUCAACAUGUGAUGUGGACGAAGUUUACCUGGUCGAUGAACUCGGUUACAAUCUUCCUAAUAUCAGUGAACUAUGUGACAAUGACUAUGAGGUUCAUUUUAAGAAACAUGGCUAG